AUCUUAGUGCAGUGUUUUGAAAGAAACACAGUUUCCUGCCUUUAUUUCCUGCAAAGAAUAUCAACAUAAAUGAGUCCCGUGCUCAUUUUGUGCUAGCGGACCCUGUCUGCAGUGGAGCUGUCCUGAACCUACUGGGUUGCUUUCUAAUAGUAUCUUGGUCUGGGUCGGGCUUUGGUCAUUGCAGGACAGCAUUUGGAUUUAAAAAAUGAAAUAUCUGUGAAUGGCUUCACAGCUUCCUGUCAGUAAGAGAUGUGAGCAGCAGCACUAGAUAAUUGAAGACACCUAAAAUGGGAGGAGGAUGAGAUGCUGCUGAGCACCUGUCUGUCUCCGAUGGUUAUACCUGACUGCGAAUUCCUCCGGUGUUCAGCAGGGCUGCAGCAGCGUGUGUGGGGUGGCACGGGGAGCCCCUGUCGUGAGACUGCCCUGACAGAUUUGAAGCAGGGUCUGUGUGCUUCAGGCGCAGCGGUGCCAGCUUUGUGCCUUUGUUCCGCUAAGCUGUGGGGUUGGUGCAGUGAAUAGCUGCAGGGGUGGUUUUUAUAAUGUGGAGGCUCAGGGGUGUGCGGGUGUACAGAAGCCAGCAUUCCUCACCCUCCCUGCUUGGUGGGCCAGCUAAAAGAAAUGAUCCCUUGCUUAAACUGCAAGCAGUGGGGUAAGAAUUCUGAGUUAAACUUGUGUCAGUGGCAGACUUCUUCAGAGAUUCAGGUGCAUUCUUUGCUGUUUACUGUCACUUUUGGGGUGUAUGGCCAGAAAUGCUUCCUCUCCUUGAUGUCAGGCACCGUUUAGAGCAAUAUAGCUCAGCUGAGGGCGUGCUGUAAAACUGCACGAUACCUUUGCUGCAGUGAAGUUUCCACGUAGGGCUUUUGAAGCACAGCCUCUGAGCAGAGGCUGUUCUUUGCGAGCUGUGGUCUGCUCUGAGCACGUGCUCACCCUUUCCUAGCUGCACCCUUCAUUGCAUGGGAACGUUCUCUAAUAAAUAUUUGUGUUUCUUCCUUGCAAAUGGGGAUGGGCCUUUUUAGAGCUGACUAGGAUGCUUCUUGUUUAACAUGCUUAAAAGGGAGAGCAGCCAAAAUGCCCUCCCCACUACCCCAUCCUCCAGGGCUUGGCAGGGGGCUGUGUGCUUUGAGUGCGUUUGGCAGAGUUUUGGUGUUCUGACUCAGCAAAUGGUAACAAAGGGAGGACAGCGAAGCCUUCCUUUAUUCCAUAAUCCCGUUUGUUUUUCUGGAAACCGGCUAUAGCCUCAGAAUCACUGACUCAAUUUUUGGAUCCUAUUCUCAUGACAAAGCGGCUGGCUGGUUUAAAACAAGCCCACUAUAAAAGGGGCGCCUCGCAUCCUGGCUGUUUGUAAGAGGUCCUGACGUGCCUCCAGCACUGGGAAGUUUGGCUGGAACAGAAAAUGUCCAGAGCUGGAACCAAGAUCACCUUCUACGAAGACAAGAAUUUCCUGGGCCGUCGCUACGAGUGUGACAGCGACUGCCCCGACUUCCACACCUACCUGAGCCGCUGCAACUCCAUCCGGGUGGAAGGAGGCACCUGGGUGGCCUACGAGAGGCCCGACUUCUCGGGGAACAUGUACGUGCUGACGCAGGGCGAGUAUCCCGACUACCACCACUGGAUGGGCCUGAACGACCGCCUCGGCUCCUGCAGGGCUGUCCAGAUUGUAAGUGUGGGGCCCGAGGGGCCUCUGCGGUUACGUGCCUGCCGCUCCGGUGUGCUUGGAGGUGGCCCUGUCCUCCUGGAGAGACGGGGAGGGGACGGCUGGAGGGGGCUCGCUCCCACAGCCCUGCCCAGGGGACUGAAUCCGAGCAGUGCUGAGUCCCUGCAGGGCAUGCGGAGGAGCAGCCUUAAAACCAGCAGGAUGGGAGCGUGGGUGUGUGAGGCUGUGGCACCAGCGCCGGUGCUGCUGUGCCUGCCAGCGGUGGAGCAGACGCUGGUGGGGAUCUGGGCAUCACUGAUGUGAGCAGCGCUGCCACGGUUUGGCAUCACGUGGAGCAAGGGGGGUUUGCUUUUGUCUGGAGGUCUAACACCACUCUGAGCCUGUUGUGGGUUUGAGGUGGGUGUAAGUCCCUUGGCACAGAGCAGGGAGGGUUUCCAGCCAGCUCAGAGCCCUGGUCUGGUGCUAGGGAUGGAGCAGGAGCAUGCGGGAGGUGUAACAGCAGUGCAGCCCCCUCCACCAGCAUGAAAUGCUGCACGUCCACCGGUGCCUGGCCUCCCGUGCACAGGGACUGGAGGCUCACAGGGGUAGGGUCAGAGGACCCGGAGCAGCAUCACGGAUCCGUGAGACCCCGCAGAGCUCAGCUGGGGCCGGCAACCAGUGCGGACGGGAGGGGAGGUGGGGGAGGACGGUGUCCAGGCAGCUGCAGAUUAAAACCGCCGCAGUGCCUUCAGGCAACGCAGCGCUUGAAAUCACAGUGGAAAAUACCCGCGCUGCAUUCUGCUGUAAUACAACCCAGCUGGGGUCACCAGCUCAUUAAACUCCUCAUUGCCCGGAGGAGCGGGGAGCGGAGGGGGUGCAUCGCUCCGCUCGGAUCUCACCGAGCAGCUUAAAGGGUUUGCGCAGGCGGCGUGUCUGGGACAGAGCCCGGCACUUGUUUGUCCUCCCUAUGCCCGUCCUGAAGCGGGGCUGUGCUGGGGCUUUGAGCUGAAAUUGCUCAGCUUGGGCUCAGUGCCCUCUUUGCAUGGGAUGCGUGGUCGGGCAUUGCCCCGUGCUGUGCUUUUGGGGGGCUGACAGGAGCCGUUCAGCGCCGUCCUGGUGUGCUGGGGGUGCUUGGUGCCUGACCUGAGCCCAGCUGUGCCUUGGCUCUGCUCCCAUCCCUUGGAGAAUUUGUCGGUGCCUCAGCAAACACCUUACAAUUUUCUCCCUUGU